UUAUCAUGUCCUUCUCCUCCUUUGAUUCGUCUCUCCUCUUCUUUUCUCAUCGGAUAGUUUUCUUCUUUGGAGUUCUCAUCAUCUCGUAGCCGCCACCAGGAUGGGAAGCAGCAACAACAUACAGGCCAAGCUGACAUGAUUGCAUCUGCAAUCAGUGGAACUGCUGUCUUGCCUGGGAUGAUAAAACUUGUCAACCCUGGAUCUGAGGCACCUCCAACUUGUUAGCUUCUUGCCUCGGAUAAGGUGCUUCUUGGGGAUAUGGGAACAGGCAAGACAAGUAUAGUGCUGAGAUUUGUCAAAGGCCAGUAUUUCGAUUGUCAGGAAUCUACAAUUGGAGCAGCUUUCUUCUCUCAAAUACUAUCACUGAAUGAAGCAACUGUAAAAUUUGAUAUAUGGGACACUGCUGGGCAAGAACGAUACCACAGCUUGGCUCCCAUGUACUAUCGUGGUGCAGCUGCAGCUGUUGUUGUGUAUGACAUCUCCAGCACAGAUUCAUUUACUCGAGCAAAGAAGUGGGUUCAAGAACUUCAAAGACAAGGGAAUCCACGUUUGGUGAUGGCAUUGGUGGCUAACAAGGCUGACUUGGAAACAAAGAGGCAGGUGGAUAAUGAGGAAGGCGAGCUAUAUGCUCAAGAAAAUGGGUUAUUUUUUAUCGAAACUUCAGCGAAGACAGCACAAAAUGUUAAUGAGCUCUUUUAUGAAAUAGCCAAGAGACUGGUGAAAGCCCGACCUGCACGCCUCGCCGCGAUGACUCUGCACGAUGAAACACGAAGUAGGGGAAGAAGGCUGUUUUGCUGCUCAACAUAAUUAAUUAGUGGUUGAAAGACUAAAUAAAUAGCAUUUUCUUCUACUUUGGCUCGGUCCCACUGCUUCCAUUUGUGACUGUCUCAUGCGACCAGGAAUAUUUGUUUUCAAGCAUUUGUAAAUUCUUUGAAAAAGGCUCUGGUGAAAUUCCUGGUAACGAGCUCUACUGAUUUUGCCGGUUGUAUCCAUACCACGGGAAGCAUGCCCGUUCGAUUGAUAUCUGCCACUUCGAUUGCUUUCUGGAUUGAUAAAUAGCGCUCCUAACAAGAAUCUCCACCAUCCACUUUGGGGCACCAGAUAGAGAAAUGCCCCCUAUUUUUAUACAUGCACGCCAUCACACGUUGGGACACACAAACACCCACACAUAG